CAUUAUUCUUCAAUCGAAACACUUUCCGAGGAUGAAACGAAAGAAAUUAUUUUAAAUUUCAUUGAAAAACUGAAACAAAUCAUUCAUAGUUAUUUGGAAGAAAUUUUCUUACUUUACUGUUGAUACCUUUCAUCAGCCAGCGCACACCUUCAGUCACGAUCUUGACCAGCCGGUUCCACCAAUUCUUCAUUUGAUUAAUAUCGCUGGUGACUCCUCUUUUCAUGUUAAGCUUCCGCUUCAUUAUCGCAAAAUACUUCUCUAUUAGACGGAACUGGUGGAUUCAGCUUUAGGAUUGGGCGAUCUUUAUAAAAAGAUCGAUCUUAUCAAAUCGAUUUUCCAAACGGCGUAGGGAUCGAUCCACUAAUUAAAUCGGUACCAAUGAAUCGAUCUUUGCCGAAUCAAUUUUUGAUAAAUUAAAAGCUUUUUUUUCGAUUUAUCUGCUUGUUCUAUAUGAAUGCCGUUUUUUCUUUGAACAGGAAAUACAAAUUUCAUAUUUCUAUUCAAACAUCAAAAGCAUUUUGUUUUGUUUCUCAGCAUAAAGAUCAUAGCCACAGAGCAUUCAUCUAGUGCCGUCAGGUAGUUGUUUUAUUAAAGAAAUUAGUUGAAAAAGCAUUAUUAGAAAUUCAACAACCGCCCAGAACUCAGCUAAAAAUGAUCCCACAAAAGCCAAUCGUGCCAUGCAUCUGCCAUUUAGUUAAAGCCGAUUCCUAGUUUUGGCGCCAGAUCUAGAAAACAAUCUCUGUCAGCAUUUGUACAGGAGCAAUCCAAAUGUUGACAACAUGUUUAAAAAAAAUGUUAAGUGGCCUUUGGUGAGAUAAAAAACGAUGUAUACUGAACAAAUCUACAGAAAAAUCGAAAAAAUCGAAAAAAACGAAAGCAAUAAAAUCGAUUUUCUCGAGUACCAAAGAUCGAUCCAAAAAAUCGGAAAACGGAAUGGAAAAGAUCGAUCUUCCAAGAAUCGAUCUGAGAUCGCCCAAUCCUAUUCAGCUCUUUUGGAAUGCACUGGAUUCCUUUGUCGUACCAUUGUAGCACGUCUUUGUUGUGAUGCAAGAUUAGACCUGCCCAACAUGUUUCUGGUCAUCAUGGAACUCAAUGAAGGAUUAAAUUCGUUUGUUGAGAAGUGCGUUUUUGUAUACUUCCGAAUUUAUGGUCUUAUCCGUCACAAAAAUGCAAAUUUCCUUGUGAAAUUAUGAUUCUUUUUAACAAAUCUGCUGGGAACCUUGCCGAAGCCUUGUAAGAUGUGACCAGUCGUGACGUGUCUCAGAAUAUUAACAAAUAUUCAUGAGUAACGAAUAUGAUUUUGUUUCAGUGUGAAUGACUUUUUUCAGCUUGAAACACACUGCCCUCAUUAUAUUGAUGACAAUAACAAACGAGUUCAUUUUGUUCAUAUCUCUGAUGAAUGAACCAAUUUGCUAUAAUGAACGAAUGCGGCAUUGAGUGGGGUUCGAAACUUCGCUGUUGUUUAAACUUUGAAUAUCAAAAGCAACAAAUUGAUAUUCAUCACAUUCGAAACGAUAUUCGUUCUGAUAGUGAAUUUGAGUGAAAAUUCAAAAUAAAAAAAAUAUUCAGGCUGAACCAUCUAGAGAACAAAAUCGCCAGAGUUCGAUGAAACGAACUUUGCAAGAAAUCGCACAGGAUUUUAUUUGGCGAGACGGUAACAACGACAUAUGCAGAACGGAUACAACGAGUGGUUGUAGCUACCGUCAAGUGAUUUGCAAUUGAUAAACAAUUGCUUCUAGACCCGAUGGUCGAAUAAAUUACCACCCUUAUUCUUGUUUUCGUACGAAUAGAAAACGUUCGAAAGUAUGCCUCAUUCGUAUCCUUGGUUUCGUACGAAAGAAAUCUAUCCAUUCGAACUUUCGAACAUCGUUCGUUCGAACGAAUUGUCCUAUCCUUGUUUUCGUACGAAAGUGUUUUUUCGCCUGUCAGUCAAACGUUAAUGUUGGGUUGCGAAUCAGACGAAGCGUAGAAGAAAAUUCAAUCGAUGUUUACGUUUUUGUGGUUUAUUCAGGUGAUGUGGUAUGUAAAAGUUCAUUUUCUUUUAUGUUUAAUUCUGAAAUUCUAUGUGAUGUGCUUUAAUGUUUAUUUGAAUUACAGUGAAAAAUUGCUGUAGAAGCAGAAAGAAAGACAUUUCCAAUAGAAUAUUUCAACUCUAAAACCUAGACGAAACAGAACCUGGAUAGAACAAUGUCGAAACCAUCGAAAUCCAAAAGCACAAACAAGGAUCAAUACAGCCGACUGGUUGAUCUCUUGGAAGAGCAGCCGGAUAUCGCGAAGGGUUUCGCGAAAUGCAAUGCUUCUCCCUACUGGAAUUCUGUGGCAGCCGAGUUGAACAGUCUUGGGCCACCAACUAAAGAUUCAACUGCGUGGAAAAAGGUCUGGUUCGAUUGGAAAUCGAACACGAAACGCAAGCUAGCCCACAACCGUCGCGAGCAAUUUGCUACAGGUGGGGGUCCUAGUAAGUUUAUUGAACUUACUGCGCUGGAGGAACGAGUUGUUGUUCUUGCAGGACUUGCUCCAGCAGUUGAGGGCAUAGCCGACACUUGCAGUUUCGGGCUAGAACCUAGCGCAAAUCAAUCAAUUCAUGACAGUGGGGAAUCUGCGUCGAUUGAAGAUAAUCGAAUUCCGGAGGAUAGAGCCAAUGAGAAUAAUGAGACGCAUACAUCGAAGAAGAGGAGGACAUCAAUGCACACAUUGCUGGAGACACAAGUGCAAAACCAAGCAACGUUUCAUGACUCGGUCACCAAUAUUCUAAAAUGCUUUGAAAAAAAAACUGCUGAUUUGGUUCAUUAUAACAGACAGAUUUCGAAACAGUUAGAGAACAUAAACGAAACUAUCAACAAUGUGCUGAUGGAAAAUCAGAGGCACAAUCUGGAAUUAGAGAGAAUUAAUCUGGAAAAACUGAAAAUUAAAAAAAGGAUUCUUGAGAUGGAAUUAAGCCGUCUACAAUAGACAUUUCGAUUUUAAAACAAAUGUGAAUGUAAUGUAAUGUGAAUGCUAAGCUAUGUUGUAAUUUAAUGACAUGAAUUUUAAAAGUAUAUAUUGUAAUGUGAAUAUAUUACAUUUUCGAAUGUAAUAGUUAAAAACUACUCGAAAAAUUAGAAGUGCGAUAUCGAAAAUUUAAAUAAGGUUGUACCUUCGUGAGAAAUUAUCACAUGCAAAUAAAAAAUACAUAAUUUCAAAACUACAUUUAUGUAAGGUCUACUUAUUGCUUUGAUAAAUAUAAAAUUCGAACACCAAUCUUUCAGAGUACCAAAAAUCGAUUCUUUGUAGUGUCUUAUAAAAUAUACAAGUACUAGUGUUUGUUAUAAUUUUUAAUAAGAUGCUGAAGAUUUCAUUUUGAUUCGUGUCGCCGUUAUGGUUUUCUGAUUGUUCAAAGCUUUGAUAGCAUUAGUGACGAACCUGAUCGAGUUAAAACUACACAGUUCGAUUGACAAACUAAGAAUCAUUUUUAUUUCCUGUCUGAGCUAUAAAGAUACAGUUCACUUUUCAAUGCUACUUAUAUUAAACAAAGUGGCCUAUUGUCCUAGAUCGGUCAAGUCAAUGAACAACAACACACGUUAAAUAAGUAAUGCUAACAUCAACAUGUGAGAUAUCACGUCACUGACUAGGUGGUAGUUGGUGACUCGGUGCAUGUUUGUGGUCCAACUUGUUAAUGUUUUCAACAUGUGAUACGUUAUGGCGCUGGUACAAGAAUGUAGGUGGUCAGGAUCGUUGCUACUGUUGUUUAAGUUCUACCUGAGUAUUCGUAUAGAAAAUGAAAACAGAAAAACAUUGUAUUUGGAUCAAAUAUUGUUUUUGGUGGGUGCCGCGUUUGCUGACAAAAACAGCGGCGAGUUGAUGAUUCAAUAGUCGGUUUGGCAUUGUUGAAGCGAAAUUGAGUUGACUUCGUUCUACGUUUUGUGACAAUGGAUGAAACGUGGAUCCAAUCCCACACUCCUGAGUCCAAUAGGCAGUCUGCAGAGUGGUUGAGAAAUUUAUUUAUAUAUCCCAUACUAUAAUGCCGGGUGUUCGGGUUCGAUUCCCGUUCUGGCCGGGGGAUUUUUCGUCAAAGAAAAUUCUUCCGGUUUGCUGUGGUCACGCGUAUUCUAGAGCUUGCCACUCCAGAGUACAUUCAAGGCGUGUUAUUCGGCAUAGAAAUCUCAACCAAGUAUUAAUGAAUGACCCUAGUUAAUGCAUACGUUGAGACGGCAAAAGUUCCACAGCGAACGUUAACGCCAUUCAAGAAUAUCAUAAAACCGAUGUUUGUUUUAUCGAAUUACGAUUUAGUCAUAUCAUGAUAAAUAAAAUCGGGUUUUCCCAUUUUAUACAAUUUUAGAUAUAUACGAUGUAUAAUUUAAUCCACGUUACAAACGAGUGUGAUUUAAUCCAACUUUAUAUACAACUUAGAAUAUGCAAGUUAUACGAUUUGAAUCAGUUCUCAAGACAAAUAAUGGAUACUGUUAUGCUGCAAUGAUGGAAAACUAUAGAAUUUACCUCAACUUGAAUAAAUCAUGCGUUUUUCGAUGUAAUAUUUCACGAUAAUAAAUAUAAUUGAAUGUGUUUUAAACUAUACUAUGUAAAUUAAUGUUUUCGUCAGUGAAGGAAAUAUUUAUUUGUAAAUAUUUAACAUAUAUAUGAAGGGUAUAUAAAAUCUAGAAUAUAGGAAUUCGACACUUUAAAACAUCUAUUCAGUUGACUGAACCUCAUCAUUGUCGUUCUUAAAAUAUAAACAUAUAUUGUGCAGGGCACAGCAAAC